UCUUCAAAAAUAAGUGUGGGUCAGUGUUGUGCUUCAUCCCAAAUAGGUGUGUGUCAGUGUAGUGCUUCAUCCCAAAUAGGUGUGCGUCAGUGUAGUGCUUCUUCCCAAAUAGGUGUUUGUCAGUGCAGUGCUUCUUCCCAAAUAAGUGUGUGUCAGUGUAGUGCUUCUUCCCAAAUACGUGUGUGUCUGUGUAUUGCUUCUUCCCAAAUAGGUGUGUGUCAGUGUAGUGCUUCUUCCCAAAUAGGUGUGUGUCAGUGAAGUGCUUCUUCCCAAAUAGGUGUGUGUCAGUGUAGUGCUUCUUCCCAAAUAAGUGUGUGUCAGUAUUGUGCUUCUUCCCAAAUAAGUGUGUGUCAGUGUAGUGCUUCUUCCCAAAUACGUGUGUGUCAGUGUAGUCCUUCUUCCCAAAUAAGAGUGUGUCAGUGUAGUGCUUCUUCCCAAAUAAGUGUGUGUCAGUGUAGUGCUUCUUCCCAAAUAAGUGUGUCAUUGUAGUGCUUCUUCCUAAAUAAGUAAAUAAGUGUAUGUCAGUGUAGUGCUUCUUCCCAAAUAAGUGUGUGUCAGUGUAGUGCUUCUUCCCAAAUAAGUGUGUGUCAGUGUAGUGAUUCUUCCCAAAUAAAUGUGUGACAGCGUAGUGCUUCUUCCCAAAUAAGUGUGUGUCAGUGUAGUGCUUCUUCCCAAAAAAGUGUGUUUAAGUGUCGAGAUUCUUCGCAAAUAGAUUUGUGUCAGUGUCGAGCUUCUUUAUAAAUAGGUGUGUGUCAGUGUCGAGCAUCUUCCCAAAUGGGUGUGUGUCUGUGUAGUGCUUCUUCCCAAAUAGGUGUGUGUCAGUGUAGUGCUUCUUGCCUAAUAGGUGUGUGUCAGUGUAGUGCUUCUUCCCAAAUAGGUGUGUGUCAGUGUAGUGUUUCUUCCCAAAUAGGUGUGUGUCAGUGUAGUGCUUCUUCCCAAAUACGUGUGUGUCAGUGUAGUGCUUCUUCCCAAAUUGGUGUGUGUCAGUGUAGUGCUUCUUCCCAAAUAGGUGUGUGUCAGUGUAGUGCAUCUUCCCAAAUAGGUGUGUGUCAGUGUAGUGCUUGUUCCCAAAUAGGUGUGAGUCAGUGUAGUGCUUCCUUUCAAUUAGGAGUGUUUCUGUGUAGUGCUUCUUCCCAAAUAGGUGUGUGUCUGUGUAGUGCUUCUUCCCAAAUAGGUGUGUGUCAGUGUAGUGCUUCUUCCCAAAUAGGUGUGUGUCAGUGUAGUGUUUCUUCCCAAAUAGGUGUGUGUCUGUGUAUUGCUUCCUCCCUAAUAGGUGUGUGUCUGUGUAGUGCUUCUUCCCCAAUAGGUGUGUGUCUGUGUAGUGCUUCUUCCCAAAUAGGUGUGAGUCAGUGUAGUGCUUCUUCCCAAAUAGGUGUGUGUCAGUGUAGUGCUUCUUCCCAAAUAGGUGCGUGUCAGUGUACUGCAUCUUCCCAAAUAGGUGUGUGUCAGUGUAGUGCUUCUUCCCAAAUAGGUGUGUGUCAGUGUAGUGCAUCUUCCCAAAUAGGUGUGAAUCAGUGUAGUGCUUCUUUUCAAUUAGGAGUGUUUCUGUGUAGUGCUUCUUCCCAAAUAGGUGUGUGUCUGUGUAGUGCUUCUUCCCAAAUAGGUGUGUGUCAGUGUAGUGCUUCUUCCCAAAUAGGUGUGUGUCAGUGUAGUGUUUCUUACCAAAUAGGUGUGUGUCUGUGUGGUGCUUCUUCUCAAAUAAGUGUGUGUCAGUGUAGUACUUUUUCCCAAAUAAGUGUGUGUCAGUGUAGUGCGUCUUCACAAAUACGUGUGUGUCAGUGUAGUGAUUCUUCACAAAUACGUGUGUGUCAGUGUAGAGCUUCUUCCCAAAUACGUGUGUGUCAGUGUAGUGCUUCAUCCCAAAUAAGUGUGUGUCUGUGUAGUGCUUCUUCCCAAAUAGGUGUGUGUCUGUGUAGUGCUUCUUCCCAAAUAGGUGUGUGUCUGUGUAGUGCUUCUUCACAAAUAGGUGUGAGUCAGUGUAGUGCUUCUUCCCAAAUUGGUGUGUGUCAGUGUAUUGCUUCUUCCCAAAUAGGUGUGUGUCAGUGUACUGCAUCUUCCCAAAUAGGUGUGUGUCAGUGUAGUGCUUCUUCCCAAAUAGGUGUGGGUCAGUGUAGUGCAUCUUCCCAAAUAGGUGUGAAUCAGUGUAGUGCUUCUUUUCAAUUAGGAGUGUUUCUGUGUAGUGCUUCUUCCCAAAUAGGUGUGUGUCUGUGUAGUGCUUCUUCCCAAAUAGGUGUGUGUCAGUGUAGUGCUUCUUCCCAAAUAGGUGUGUGUCAGUGUAGUGUUUCUUACCAAAUAGGUGUGUGUCUGUGUGGUGCUUCUUCCCAAAUAAGUGUGUGUCAGUGUAGUACUUUUUCGCAAAUAAGUGUGUGUCAGUGUAGUGCGUCUUCACAAAUACGUGUGUGUCAGUGUAGUGCUUCUUCACAAAUACGUGUGUGUCAGUGUAGAGCUUCUUCCCAAAUACGUGUGUGUCAGUGUAGUGCUUCAUCCCAAAUAAGUGUGUGUCUGUGUAGUGCUUCUUCCCAAAUAGGUGUGUGUCUGUGUAGUGCUUCUUCCCAAAUAGGUGUGUGUCUGUGUAGUGCUUCUUCCCAAUUAGGUGUGUGUCUGUGUAGUGCUUCUUCAAAAAUAGGUGUGUGUAUGUGUAGUGCCUCUUCCCAAAUAGGUGUGUGUCUGUGA